AUGCGGCUUUCGACCUUGCGACUCAGAUACGCAGCGCUAGCUCCUGCACGUAUUAUUGGCUGUACCCGUGUCUGUCCGGUGGCACGCCCUGCCCUCGUGCCACAUGCAACGAAGAACAACAAUGUGCGAUCAUUUGUCUCAAGCCUGGCACAGCGUUCAAGUAAAAUAGACAACGUACAUGAUGAAAACACUGCAUCAAGCCCUAUAUUUUCCAAGACAUUGGAUGCUGCGCUAGGAACACAGCUGCAGCCAUCUGACAUGCUGUCUUAUCUCAACAGUGAGGAUUUUUGUGUAUAUCGAUCGACGUCUGACCCUUCGCAACCCCUGUUUGGCAAAGAAGAGAGACUUGUGAGUAAUGCACUGACGCAUGAAAGCUGGAUGCAUGGUCUUCAAGGCCAUAAUCGUCGCCUGUCGUUUAUCGGACGACGAGCACUCAAAACGUACCUUACGCUAUUUCUUUUUGACAUUUUUGAGCAUGCUAAUCGAAUCAAUGCGCAAGCACCCGAUCUAAAAUAUUUACAGACUGUGCUCUCGUCACAACAAGACAUUGAUGAUAUCCUUGCAACGCACCAUCUCGGAGACCACGUGGGUCGUAAACUUGGUCUCGAAAAGGUUAUGCGAUGGCACCCUACUACGCGUGUAGACCCCACGAAUGGGACGCGUGAAAGUGGUUUGUUCAAAGUUCGUGGAACAUGUGUGGAAGCCAUUAUGGGAGCUAUUUACCACUUCCGUGGUGCACUCGUGGCACAGCAGUUCUUUUUGUCUCGAAUCCUUCCAAUUUUGGCUGAUUCGUACAUGUCGCAGGCACCGCGCAUGGUAAAAGAAAAAGUGGCAGAGGCAAGUCGUGACGCUGCAGAGGCGUUGACUCAGUCUGCAUAG